AUGGCAGACCAGAUCCCCCAACAAAUGCGCGCCGCGACAAUCAAAGACUUCAACAAAGGCUAUGAGGUAAAGGAUGUAAACGUCCCGACCGACCUCGGCCCAAAUGACGUCCUCGUCAAGAUUGCCGCCGCAGGCUACUGCCACACAGAUCUCCAGGUCCAGCAGGGUGUCUACGCCUCGGCCGGCGCAAAGCCAGGCCUUGUCGGCUCCCACGAACCCGCCGGCACCAUCAUCAGGCUCGGUUCCGAACCAGGCAAGCAGGGUCUUCAAGUCGGUGACCGCGUCGGUUCUAUCAACACCUAUGGCUGCUGCGGCAAGUGCAACUCGUGCAACCAAGGAAAACAGGUCUGCGAUAACCUCGUCGGCAUGCUGGGGCUUACCCUGGACGGCGGGUUCGCACAAUACAUGAAAGCCGACGCCCGUGUCGUCGCCAAGAUUCCCGAGUCUAUCCCUUGGGCCGAGGCCGCACCCUUGUUCUGCGCCGGUGCGACAGUCUAUGGCGCGCUAUGUGCCGCGCAGGGCCAUAAGGACCAAUGGCUUGCCAUCAUCGGCAUCGGCGGCUUGGGACACCUCGGUGUACAAUACGCCAAGGCGCUGGGAUACAAGGUCAUCGUCAUCGACAACAGACAAGAAGGACUCGCCCUAGCCAACGAUGUGCCCUCACACCUCAAGCCCGAUCGCACGUACCUCAUCGAUACAGAAGAGUCUCAGAAGAAGGUUGUUGAAGAGCUCCAGACUUCAUUCUAUGAUACCAAUCCCGGUGUCGACCGCAUCGUCAUCACGACCGAGGCACGGCCGCUUGUCAGGUUCGGACAGCAAUUCUUGCGCAAGGGUGGUGUACUGGUCGAUGUCGGUCUCCCCGCCGAUGGGCCUUUUGAGGUCGAUCCCUUUGCGCUGAAUUUCAAGGAGCAGACUGUUCGUGGUGCGUUGAUUUGCACUCCUGAACGGAGCAGGGAAAUGGUGGAAUUGCACGCAAAGAAUGGUUGCAAGACGCACGUUGAGAAGACGUUCGGUGUUGACGAGGCCAAUGAGAUGGCGGAACACUAUUUGUCUAAACAGCUCAAGGGCCGCUUGUGCAUGGUUUUCUAA